AUGGACGGAAAGCGGGACGACGACGGCGGGGCUGUAGAGUAUAGCGAAGACCUCCGUGACGGGGAUGGCGAUCCCGGGGAGGACGGGUACGACGAUGACGGGUCUGGCGAGCCUUUCGAGCCGGAAAUUGUGGGAGUUCCGACGUAUGACGGGGCGUACACGCAGUAUAACAUUUACGGAAAUAUGUUCGAGGUUACUGCAAAGUAUGUGCCGCCUAUUCGGCCAAUCGGGCGUGGAGCCUACGGAAUUGUGUGUUCGGCCAUCAACUCGGAGACUCAGGAGGAGGUGGCGAUCAAGAAGAUCGCCAAUGCCUUUGACAACCGGAUCGACGCCAAGAGAACGCUGAGGGAAAUCAAGCUGCUGCGACACAUGGACCACGAGAACGUGGUGGCUAUCAGGGACAUCAUCCCUCCUCCAGCGCGUGACACAUUCAAUGAUGUCUACAUCGUGUAUGAGCUCAUGGACACAGACCUGCACCAGAUCAUCCGGUCUAACCAGCAACUGACUGAGGAUCACUGCCAGUACUUCCUCUACCAGCUACUGAGGGGCCUCAAGUACGUGCACAGCGCCAAGGUGCUUCACCGCGACCUCAAGCCCUCCAACCUGCUGCUCAACGCCAACUGCGACCUCAAGAUCUGUGACUUUGGGCUCGCCAGAUCGGCAGAGGAGAGUGACUACAUGACAGAGUAUGUGGUAACCAGAUGGUACCGUGCCCCAGAGCUGCUGCUCAACAGCAAGGCGUACACGGCAGCCAUCGACCUGUGGUCCGUGGGAUGCAUCUUCAUGGAGUUGCUGAAUCGCGAGCCGCUGUUCCCCGGCAAGGACUAUGUGGACCAGCUGCGCCUCAUCACCUCCAUCAUCGGGUCUCCAGACGAUUCAGACAUCUCGUUCCUCGAGAGUGACAACGCGCGCCGCUACGUGCGCUCGCUGCCCUUUGUGCGCAAGCAGCCCCUCGCCGCGCGCUUCCCCAACAUGGCGCCCCUUGCUCUGGAUCUGAUGGAGCGGAUGCUGCUCUUCGACCCCGCCAAGCGCAUCACAGCGCAAGCAGCCCCUCACCGCUUGCUUCCCCAGCAUGGCUCCUCUCUCUGGAUCUCAUGGAACGGAUGCUGCUGUUUGAUCCCGCCAAGCGCAUCACAGCCCCUCGCAUUGCACUACCCCAACAUGGCUCCCCUGGCAUUGGACCUGAUGGAACGGAUGCUGCUGUUUGAUCCUGCCAAUUUGAGAGAGGGUCUAGGCCUCUUCUACCUGGCAAGUCUGCAUGACAUCAGCGUCGAGGCAGUGUGCCAUGCGCCCUUCUCUAUCCCCCUCUACCCCACUUCUCGCCGUCGCUCUUCUCAUUCCCCAUAUCUUUCCCAUCGCUCCCAUGCACUUCCCGUGGAGGAGAGUCUAGACCAUCCCUACUUGGCGAUGGAGGAGAGUCUAGACCAUUCGUACCUGGCGAGUCUGCACGACAUCAGCGAUGAGCCGGUGUGCCAUGCUCCCUUCUCUCCCCUUCACUAA